GUAAACUGGUGUUUGUGCUUCAGUCUCUGGAAGUGUUUGCAGUGUGCUGCUUUAUGUGUCUGCAGUCUGACUGAGGAUCAGAUCUAACUGGAUUUUGACUGCAGGAUGAAGAUUCUGCUGCUCCUCUUACUCAUUCAUGAGGUGGAGGUGGGUUCAGGUGUGGAGUUUGCCAAUCUGCCCUGCAAAGCCACAGUUCACCUGUCUAAGAUAAAUAAGAUUGUGUGGAAGGACAGAGAUGGCAGGAACGUCCAUGUGUAUCAGAAAGACUCUAAGCAGCCUGAAAAACCGCACAGACGUUACAGGAACCGAACAGAAAUGAUUGAAGACCUGCUGAAGACUGGAGACCUCAGUCUGACCCUGACAUACCCCACAGAAACUGACACAGACACCUACACCUACACCGUCUACGACAGGAAGGAAAAAGUCCUUAUGGAGAAAAAAGUGGAGCUGAAAGUCAGAGACUGUCAGGUAGAAGUGAAGGAGGGGGCGGAGUCUGUCCUGCUGCCCUUUCAAACCACAGCAAACCUGCCUAGAGACACUGAAGUGGUGUGGAAACGUCAUGAACCCGAAUACAUGAAGGUCCACGUGUAUGAGAAUGGCUGUGACCAUCCUGACAAACAGGACAACCAUUACAAAGGUCGCACUAAGAUGAAGAAAGACCUGCUGACCACCGGAGACCUCAGUCUGACCCUGCAACACCCCACGGAGGGUGACAGUGGGAGAUACGGCUGUGAGGUCAACAACAAGGACGCCUGGAGAUACAAGAGGGUGUGGCUCACAGUCACAGGGAAUAAUCAGGCCAAGAAACAAACACAACAUCAGGAUCAGCUCCAAUGAUCAAUCAGUUUGAUGUGUUUGUUUGGUUAUUAAUCUGAUUUCAGUGAAGGACAUCAUGAAUAGACAGUGGAUGAAGGGUUGAAGAUGCUGUCAGCUGAUACUUUGUUUGCCCUUUGUUCGGCUGUAUUAUUCUCAGUGAGGUCAACAUUGUGUCCUCAUAUUUGUCUGUUCUCAGUAUGAUUAGACUUGUGAAGGCUAAAAUGGGUCACUUUACUGUUGAUUAUGUUUAUUUGUUUGAUGAUGUUUAUUGUUUAUUGUUUCAGUAACAUGAACAAAGUACCGUGCAAGGAAUAAUCAAUAUCAUCUGCAUUUGAUGUGAAAGACGGUGAAGCACAAUUUACACAUUUGUUCAAUGAACAUUUUAUAUAGACUAAUGUACACAAGAGUUUAUCAAAUAAAGAGUAUUUAUACAUGCAU